AGGAGGCAGUGGGCCGGGCCGGCUGCUGGGCCGAGCCGCGUUGGGGCUGCGGGACCGGCGGCGCGGGGCGAGGCGGCGGGAUGAGCCUGGCGGAGUGACGGGAGCCCCGGGCCGCCCUCCCGCCCGCUCCGCUCCUCGCUCCGCCCCGCCCGGCUCCGCUCUGGCUUCGGGUCCCUUCUCUCUGCGCUGCGGCGGGCGGAGGCGGCGGAAGGAGAAGCUGAUGGAGGGGAACCGGGACGAGGCGGAGAAGUGCAUCGGCAUCGCGCGCGAGGCGCUGGAGGCCGGCAAUCGCGACCGCGCCCUCCGCUUCCUCGGCAAGGCCCAGAAGCUCUAUCCCACCGAGACAGCCCGAGUUUUGUUGGAAGCUAUUACGAAGAAUGGAAGUACUGCUGGGGGAGGCGCUUACUGCCGAAAACCAGCCAGUAGCAAUGAUCAAAGUAAGCCCAGUGGCACGAAGGAGGGCAGUGCAUCUGCUGCAGGUGAAAAUGGAAAAGGCUACACCAAAGACCAAAUGGAAGGAGUAUUCAGUAUGAAGAAGUAUAAAAAUUAUUACGAAGUCCUUGGGGUAUCAAAGGAUGCAGGUGAAGAAGACCUGAAGAAAGCUUAUCGCAAACUUGCUUUGAAAUUUCACCCAGACAAAAACCAUGCACCUGGAGCUACAGAGGCAUUUAAAAAAAUAGGAAAUGCAUAUGCUGUGCUGAGUAAUCCAGAAAAACGAAAGCAGUACGACCUUACAGGCAAUGAAGAGCAAACGUGCAGUCACCCUAGCAAUGGUAGAUUCAACUUUCACAGAGGCUGUGAGGCUGAUAUUACUCCAGAAGAUUUGUUCAACAUGUUUUUUGGAGGGGCAUUUCCAACAGGUAGUGUGCACUCAUUUUCCAAUGGCCGUGCUGGCUACAGUCAUCCUAAUCAGCACCGUCAGAGUGGACAUGAGAGGGAGGAAGAGAGGGGUGAUGGAGGUUUUUCUAUGUUCAUUCAGUUGAUGCCUGUUAUAGUGCUGAUCCUUGUCUCCUUGUUGAGCCAGCUGAUGGUAUCUAACCCUCCUUAUGCCUUAUACCCAAGAUCAAGUACAAGGCAGACUAUUAAAAUGCAGACAGAAAAUCUGGGUGUUGUUUAUUAUGUCAACAAGGACUUUCGAAAUGAAUAUAAAGGAGCAUCAUUACAGAAGGUGGAAAAGAGUGUGGAAGAGGAUUAUGUGUCCAACAUUCGUAAUAACUGCUGGAAGGAGAGGCAGCAAAAAACAGACUUACUUCAUGCAUCAAAAGUUUAUCGAGAUGAUCGUCUCCGAAAGAAAGCAGACUCCAUGUCCAUGGAAAACUGCAAAGAACUAGAACGUUUGACCAGCCUCUAUCGAGGAGGAUGACCUACAGUUAUACAUCUUUCGUAUGCCAUUAUCUCUCUUGUAAAUUAAGAAGAGAUUUAGUUUCACCAUGAAUGCUGGAAAAGAGGGGUGGAUGUAAAACUCUACUGUGUAGCUGUUUCCAGAAACCUUAAGCUGAAAUAUCAUGUAAUGGCUUCUUUACCUACUGUGAAAUAUAGGUAACUUUAAUUGUCUAGAUUUUACUUCGAAGCUUCUGUGAAUUCUUUCAGCAGAGAGAAUAGCUUAGAAAGGAUGCUAUACUUGUAGAAACUUAGUCAUAGUGGUUCUCCUCUAACAUAUUUGCCAUGUAAAUAUCUGUGGAAAGAACAUUUUGUGUAUAUACGAGUUAAAAGACUUUCUAUUUAAAAUCUCAGAAAUUUAGUUCCAUACAACAUUUUGUCUCCCUAAUGGAAUAAAUAGUAUGAUUACAUCACUCCUAUUCAGAUGUCAAGUGUGUGGAGUUGAAACGAGAAUUUUUAAUAUUUUAUCUCUAACUCUAUGUGAAAUCUUCUGGGCCUGCCAGCUUAGAGGAACUUGGUAUUUUUAAAUAUAAUGGCAUAUAUUCCUAAUUAUCUGUUGGGGUGCAUUGACCUGGUGUAGAGUAGCAGUCAGUUGUUGUAGUUUUUUUAGUGUUUCUAAGCAAUGCUGAGAAAACUAAGAACUACACUAAUCUCUUUUCCAAGUAAAUAUUCUAUAAUUUGCAAAUUCUGUACCGACCAUUAAGCAUUGCUUUUAGCACUUGCAGCAGUUUACAGCAGCUCCAUCAUUUGGUAUUCCAGUACUAGUAAAUCCAUACAUAUGGCUAACAUGCAUAUAGCUUCCUUAAUUUUCACUGGAAAGACAGAAGAAAACAUGAAGGAAGAAAAAAAAAAUGCAAUCUUUCUUUUUUUUUUUUUCCUGGGAAACUUCCAUUUUCUUACUAUGUUUUUAUUUCAAGCUAGAUCCUAACAGUGAUUUGUGAAUGGGCACCACAAGUGGAGCAGAGAAAUACUGCUAAGGACAAGCUUUGUGUCUUUCAACUCUUUGGCCAGUCAUUUAAAUGCUUACUGGCCUGCGGUGUGCUCCUGUGGUCAGAGCCAUAUCACUUGUUCAGACCUGGAAGUAGAGGAGGUAGGUAUGCGUUUCUUUGGACCUGAAUGUGGCUGGAUUGAUUUCCUAGAAAUGAGCAAACAUACUGUCUGGCUCCUACAUCCAGCAUCACGUAACUCAGUGCCUGCUGCAUGGAAGAUACAUGUAGCCAGACCUCAUAAUGCAAACAGAGGUCUGUUGAAGCAGUUAUGUACAGUGUACUUAAAGCCUGUUGAAAGUGAGUUGAAAAUGUUGGUGUGUUUUUGGUGUUACAUCUUAAAAGUGCUAUGCAGGAGAAUGUUUUCCUGCGUUUGAGAAUGCGAGAUGGCUCGUUGUAAGGGCAUUAUUUUUUGCUUAAGAAAACUGCCAUCUUUGAACAAUGUACUUGGUUUAUGUGGAGCCAAAUUCAGCUCCUGAACUGAAAGCUGAAAUACUUGCCUGACCACACUGGAACUCCUUCAUAUCAAGGCUUGUCAGUUGAGAGCAGUAUUCAACUUCACUACAUGCCAUCGCUCUUCGUGAUCCAAAAAUCAGUUUGCAUGUGUACCUUUUCUAAACUGUCCCACUGGGAUUCUGUUGGAUUAGUUGGGUGGAACAGACAGAAUGUGAGCUGCAGACGUGUAACUAAGCAGCUAAACCAUCAUUCAGGGGAGGCAUCAAAGCUGGAGGUGCAACGCAGAAAUAAAUGCUGUACUGGAUGUCCUUACCGAGAUGAUGUGAAAAGGAGAAGAAAUAGAAGGACACCAGAAUCUUUGAAGUUUGCAAUAAAAAUGUAUGGAGAAAACAAAUUCCCUGAUUGUGCAACUGCUCAGAAUGUAUUAUAAUUGUACGAGUGAAAAAACAACCAACCCUUUCAAAGUA